CCGCGAGCAAGCAGCCCGCCCGCCCGCCCGCCCGCCCGCAGCGGCCUCCGGCUCCCGCGCCCCGCGCCCCGCGCCCGGCCCGCGCCCCCAGACCCCGGGGCCCGCGCCCCCGGGCGGGAUGCGUCAUGGCCACGCUGGCUUGCCGGGUGCAGUUCCUGGACGACACGGACCCUUUCAACAGCACCAGCUUCCCCGAGCCCAGCCGCCCGCCGCUCUUCACGUUCCGCCAGGACCUGGCGCUCGGCACCCAGCUGGCCGGGGUGCACCGGCUGCUGCGGGCGCCGCACAAGCUCGACGACUGCACGCUGCAGCUGUCCCACAAUGGCACCUACCUGGACCUGGAGGCCACCCUGGCAGAGCAGCGGGACGAGCUAGAAGGCUUCCAGGAUGACGCUGGGCGGGGCAAGAAGCACAGCAUCAUCCUGAGGACACAGCUGUCUGUGAGGGUCCACGCCUGCAUCGAAAAACUGUACAACUCCAGUGGGCGAGAUUUAAGAAGGGCCCUUUUCUCCCUGAAGCAGAUAUUUCAGGAUGACAAGGAUUUGGUGCAUGAAUUUGUGGUGGCUGAAGGUCUGACCUGUUUGAUCAAAGUGGGAGCUGAGGCCGACCAGAACUAUCAGAACUACAUCCUGAGGGCUCUGGGCCAGAUUAUGCUGUAUGUGGAUGGGAUGAACGGAGUAAUAAACCACAAUGAAACCAUUCAGUGGCUGUACACUCUCAUCGGGUCAAAGUUCCGCCUGGUGGUGAAGACGGCCCUGAAGCUGCUGCUGGUCUUCGUGGAGUACUCCGAGUCCAACGCGCCCCUGCUGAUCCAGGCGGUCUCCGCGGUGGACACAAAGCGAGGAGUUGUACCCUGGUCAAAUAUCAUGGAAAUCCUGGAGGAGAAAGACGGGGUCGACACGGAGCUGCUAGUUUAUGCGAUGACUUUAGUGAACAAGACGUUGUCAGGAUUGCCAGACCAAGAUACCUUCUACGACGUGGUGGACUGCCUGGAGGAGCUGGGUAUUGCGGCCGUGUCCCAGCGGCACUUGAACAAGAAGGGGACUGACCUGGACUUAGUGGAGCAGUUGAACAUUUAUGAGGUGGCAUUGCGGCAGGAGGAUGGUGAUGAGACUGCUGAGCCGCCCCCCAGUGGGCGUCGGGAACGGAGGAGGGCCAGUCUGUGUUCCGCGGGCAGCGUGGGCGAGCAGCGGGGCCUGGACCGCAGGCGCAGUCGCAGGCACUCAGUGCAGAGCGUCAGGGGUCCCCUCUCGGCCCCAACCAGUCCCUGCUCCCAGACAGCUCCAAGCUUCAAGCCCAGUCAAGUGUGGGAUCUUCGUGAAAAGGAUGAGGAGGAGGAGGAAGAGGAGGAAGAGGAGCAGCCAGUCACGGAACCCAAUUCAGAGGAAGAGAGAGAGGAUGAUGCCCCCUCUCAGGGCAAGGACAGCAGCCAGGCCGGCCCUGCCUCAGAGCAGAAGCACACUGGGCAGGAGAGCCCAACCCUCCCCCCUGCCUCCAGUGCCACCUCCAUCUCCCAGGGAAAGCAGCUUCCAGCCAGCACUGCAGGGGGGAGCCCCUGGGGCAAUGGGUCCUCUGGGCCUGCCCUGCUGCCCCACCCCACCCCUGCCUCUCGGACCUCCACACCUGGCCCCCCGAAGGCAUCGCAGACCAUAGCAAAGCUGCCCUAUGUGCCCCACAGCCCCUUCCAUCUCUUCUCCUAUGACUUCGAGGAUUCACCCUUAUCCGCCAAGGACAAGGAACCCGAGGCCCAGAAGGAAAGCAGUGGCUCUGAUUCUCUCCUUCUGAGCGUGAAUUCUGCCUCUGAUCCUUACAACUUCCGGUCUUUCUCUUCUAAUAGAUACAACAACUUUGGCAACCAUUCUUACCACCCUUCAAGACCUUCUUCUGGAUCCACUGUGCCCACUGCUUCCACAUCAUCUCUUCCAACCCCCCAGGAUCCCAGGCUGGACAGGUCAUCACUGAGUGGUCUUGUCACGUCAUCCUUUAGGCAGCACCAGGAGUCCCUGGCAGCCGAGAGAGAGAGGCGGCGGCAGGAGAGAGAAGAAAGGUUGCAGAGAAUAGAACGGGAAGAAAGGAACAAGUUCAGUAGCCGAGAGUAUUUAAACAAAAAAGAGGAGCAGAGACAAGCAAGAGAAGAAAGAUACAAAUACUUGGAGCAGUUGGCAGCCGAGGCGCACGAGAAGGAGCUCAGAAGCCGGAGUGGGAGCCGGGGCAGAGCUGACCUCUCCUUGGACCUGACCUCAUCGGCAGUCCCGGCCACCCCCGCCCUUCUGAGUCCGGAACCUUCCUCUCUAGACUCACAGGAGGCUCUCCCGGGAGCACCGUCCUGCCCGGGAACACCUCAGCAUCCCCAAGCAAGCACCCAGGAUCCUGCACCAGAACCAGGACCAGAGGAGGAGGUGGGGCAGGUGGCCGAUGAGGCCAACCAGGAAGUAGCCCCUGCCCACGUGGGGACUGAGAGCGAAGUGGAGCAGGAGCUGGAAGAGCGAGCCUCCCUCAGUGAGAAGGAGAGGCGGAACGAGGAGGUGAACGAGAGGGACAACUGCUCUGCCUCGAGCAUCUCAUCCUCCAGCAGCACGUUAGAAAGGGAGGAGAAGGAGGACAAGCUCCCCAGGGACAGGGGCACUGGUUUGUGGUCCGCGGGGGUUCAGGAUGCCAGUGUAAAUGAACAGUGUGGCGACAUCCUCACCAACAAACGCUUCAUGCUGGACAUGCUGUAUGCCCAUAACAGAAAGCCCACGGAUGCCGAGGAUAAGGGGGAGGAUGAGCCCGCGGGCGCUGAGCAGGGGGCAGAGGCGGUGCCCAGCCUGGCCAGCAGGAUAUCCACGCUGCAGGCCAGCUCCCUGGUGCAGGACGAGAGUGUCAGGAGGGUGGACGUGGGCUGCCUGGACAACCGGGGCAGUGUGAAAGCCUUCGCGGAGAAAUUCAACAGCGGGGACCUAGGAAGAGGGCCCGUGUCCUCCGACACCCAACCCGAUGACACGGUCCCAGAGAAAUCGUCCCCCCAGCCCAAGACUGAAUCCGACCACAUCUGGGACCAGCUCAUGGCCAACCCGAGGGAGCUCAGGAUCCAAGACAUGGACUUCACCGACCUGGGAGAGGAGGACGACAUCGACGUCCUAGACGUGGACCUGGGUCACGGGGAGGCCCCUGGGCCGCCUCCCCCGCCGCCACCUACCUUUCUGGGUCUGCCACCCCCGCCCCCUCCACCCUUGCUGGACAGCGUGCCUCCCCCUCCCGUCCCCGGUAAUUUAUUGGCUCCUCCUCCAGUAUUCAGUGCUCCUCAGGGCUUAGGGUGGCCCCAGGUACCCAGGGGUCAGCCGGCAUUCACGAAGAAGAAGAAGACCAUCCGUCUGUUCUGGAAUGAGGUUCGGCCUUUCGAGUGGCCCUGUAAGAACAACCGGCACUGCAGAGAAUUCCUCUGGUCAAAACUGGAACCGAUCAAGGUGGACACGUCCAAGCUGGAGCACCUGUUCGAGUCGAAGUCUAAGGAAUUGUCCGUCUCAAAGAAAACUGCCGCGGACGGGAAAAGGCAGGAGAUCAUUGUCCUGGACUCAAAGAGGAGCAACGCCAUCAACAUCGGGCUGACCGUGCUGCCCCCGCCAAGAACGAUCAAGAUCGCCAUCUUGAAUUUUGAUGAAUAUGCCUUAAAUAAGGAGGGAAUCGAGAAAAUUCUAACCAUGAUCCCCACGGAAGAGGAGAAGCAGAAAAUCCAGGAGGCCCAGCUGGCCAACCCUGAGGCACCGCUGGGCAGCGCAGAGCAGUUCCUCCUCACACUCUCCUCCAUCAGCGAGCUCUCAGCACGGCUCCACCUCUGGGCGUUCAAGAUGGACUAUGAAACCACAGAAAAGGAAGUGGCAGAACCGCUCUUGGACCUGAAGGAAGGAAUAGACCAGCUGGAGAACAAUAAAACCUUGGGCUUCAUCCUGUCUACUCUCUUAGCCAUCGGGAACUUUCUAAAUGGAACUAAUGCCAAAGCGUUUGAGUUAAGCUACCUCGAGAAGGUUCCGGAAGUGAAAGACACCGUGCACAAGCAGUCGCUCCUCCACCACGUGUGCACCAUGGUGGUGGAGAACUUCCCCGACAGCUCCGACCUGUACUCGGAGAUCGGGGCCGUCACCAGGUCAGCCAAGGUUGACUUUGAUCAGCUUCAGGAUAAUUUAUGUCAGUUGGAGAGAAGAUGCAAGGCUUCGUGGGAUCACCUCAAGGCAAUUGCAAAACAUGAAAUGAAACCCGUUUUAAAACAACGCAUGUCAGAGUUCCUGAAAGACUGUGCUGAGCGAAUUAUAAUUUUAAAGAUUGUCCAUAGGAGAAUAAUUAACAGGUUCCAUUCCUUUUUGCUCUUUAUGGGGCAUCCGCCGUAUGCGAUCCGGGAAGUGAACAUAAACAAGUUCUGCAGGAUCAUUAGUGAAUUUGCCCUGGAGUACCGCACCACCCGGGAAAGGGUUUUGCAGCAAAAACAGAAGCGGGCCAACCACAGGGAGAGAAAUAAGACCAGAGGGAAGAUGAUCACCGAUACUGAUGAAGAGGAUGACAUGGAGUCCGGCAAGUUUUCCAGCAGUUCUCCGGCACCCGCGAGCCAACCGCAGGGCCUGAGCUACGCAGAGGACGCCGCGGAGCACGAGAACAUGAAGGCUGUGCUGAACACCUCGUCCCCGACCCUGGACGAUGCCACCCCGGCGCUGGGCAUCCGCACACGCAGCCGGAUGAGUCGAGGAUCCGCUGGCUCAUGGACCAUGGGAAACGAUGACUCACCCAACGUCACAGAUGAUGCCGCCGAUGAGAUCAUGGACCGAAUCGUCAAGUCUGCCACCCAGGUGCCCAGUCAGCGAGUGGUGCCUCGGGAGAGGAAGCGCUCCCGGGCCAACCGGAAAUCUCUGCGGAGGACCCUGAAGAGCGGCCUGACCCCAGAAGAAGCCCGCGCCCUGGGCCUGGUGGGCACCUCGGAGCUGCAGCUGUGACCUGGGGACGCCCUAAGAAGUGUGCCUGCGCAGAGCGCAUGCUCCUGCUGGACGAAGCCCCUGCAGUGCGGGGCGAGGAGGCUCUGUGUCAGCAUCAGCAUCGAAAGGUCUGAGAGAAAGGGCCCAUUUCUCUGUGGCGCCACGGGCUGUGUUGCAUGGAGUCUCCUUCCUGUACUUUCUCUUGUUUCCUUGGCACCCGGUUUAGUAGUUCCAAAGGGUGACACCUUUUCUGUGUGAGGAACGGACCUUUUACAGAGCAGAUCACUCUGUCAGUGACUAAGGGAAUAGAUUCACGGACUGGGUCUCUCCACACCACCAAAGUAUCCCGAUGUAAAACCCAAACUGUACACAAAGGAAAGCACAGGUUGUUGGCCAGUUGUGGAUUUUAGAUGUACUAAAUGUUUAUAUGGAUUCAUAAAUGUACACCAUGUUUCAGAUACUAAAUAAAUAGAGUUUAAUGUC